AUGUCGCACAACAGCACUUCCAGUACACCUGCCCAGGGUACCCUGCACACUGCUGCAGAGCAGAAUGGCGGGCAGCCUACGUUCGCAAACCACCGUGUCGAGACUUUGUUCCGAGCCACUACUCUCACCAAGCUCGCCUUCCAGUUCGCCGUGGCUGAGGUGGGCCGUAGCGAGCGGACUACGCCCAACCGCCUGCGUGUGGUGGUUCUCAACAUUCUUCGUUCGGACGAGCAGCCCCCCGACAGUGACGACGAGCUUCUCGAGCGUUUCCAGCUCGGCCGUGUUCCUCAGAACCAGCUCGAGAACGCGCUCAAGCAGUUCAAGAUGCCGUUCGGUGGCCGUCCUUCUGACGAGGUCGCCAAAGAGGGUCAAGAGGAGUUUCGCGUCAUUCAGGCGACGCUGAGGCUCCUUGUCGACGUGUUUGCGGCAUACAGCAUCUACAUGUUCCGGGCGUUCCUCACGACCUCGGGCCGUACGCCGCACGACCUCGUGCGCGCCGAUCUCGCCCGCCCCGUGCCCGACGAGCUUCUCGACGCCUGGGCAGGAGUCACGAGGCUGUGUGUCGCUGCGUCCGUCAACAUGGCGUACCGCACGCCCACGCCCGCCCCCACCUCGGCCGACAGCAACAACCUUGCUAUCCUCAACCAGCAGCCGGAAGGAGAUUCAUUCGACGACCAGCUCAGCACCCUUGCCGACCGCUACCUCAGCCACGGCUUCGACCUCGAGGGCGACGACUGGGUCCCGCAGUUUAGCCCGGCCCGCAAGACGUGCCACCCGCACGAGGCUGCCUGGCGCGUCCGCGACAGGCGCAUGACGGACGAGGUGGCCGAGAUCGUCGCCAAGAAGCGUGGGAUCUCGAUCGACGCCCUGACGCGCACUGUGCGCCUGACGCCCUACCACUGGGCGUCCAACUAUAGCGCCGGAGAGGACGAGGAGGGGGUGCAGGUAAUCUUUGACAUCAUCGACACGCUGAAGGCGAACUUUGGCCGCGGGUACGGCCGUCUCGACAACGUGUGGGACAACCUGCACAUCUACCUCGACCCGUGCGGAGCCCCCCAUAGUGACUCCCUUCCCGGCAGUGAGUGUGACAGCGCGCUCCCGGACCACUUCGACACCAAGCUCAAGACGCUGGUGGAGGAGGAACAGGAGAGGGGCUACAUUCACCCCCGGCUUGUUGACGACCUCUUCCCUGAGUGGAGCCUCUCUAGCGUCUACCAACUCGUCGAGAAGAAGACGGGUUCUGACCUUCACGCCACAGGCCCUUCUGGGCAGUGA